GCAGUAUGUGAUUUUCAAGAACUUGCCUUUUUUCUAACACUCUCACCCAAUCAUUCAAGGAAUUAGAGCAAUUAACAUGGGGGAUGCAACUCCAUUUAAAUUCACGUGGAGAAUUAACAAUUUCUCCACAUUGACUCCAAAAGAACUUCAUUCUGAGGUUUUCUAUGCUGGCGGUUGUCAAUGGUGUUUGCAUGUUUUCCUCAAAGUGGAUUAUUUAUCAAUGUACUUGGAAGUCGCUGACUCAACAAGUUUGCCGCAAGGAUGGAGCAGAGAUGCAGAAUUUAACCUUGCAGUUGUUAAUCAAAUCAAUAACAGUCUAACUGUUAGAAAAUAUACAGAACAUGUAUUCAAUGCAUUUGAUAAAGAUUGGGGUUUCCCAUCUUUUAUUCCUCUUAGAAAAAUAAAAAAUUCUGCUGAAGGUUAUCUUGUGGGCGACACCCUUAUACUUGAAGUUAAGAUUCUUGUUCAUAGUGUCAAGCAUUACUCAAAGCCUGAACCUAAAAAGGAAGAGGCUAAGGAUGAAACUAAACCAUCUGAGCCAGUGGCUGCACCACCAACAAGCCAGGUUCCUUCAUCUGAAAAAGUAGUUGAUACUAAAGCAAAAGUAGACACUAAACCACUGAACCAGACCAAAGAAGGCAUUCAAGCUGCUGCUACUCCCACCAGCGAUAAGGAAGUCAUCAAAUCAUCACCUCUUCCUUCAGUGACUGUUGAGACAAAGAUUCUUCCAAAGGAUCCUCCCUCUGAGCCUGUAAAAUCUUCCCAAGAUGUGCAUGCAACAUCUAAAGGUCUCUUGACAGAACUUGCAAGCAGGACUAGGACUAUGAGCAGCGAAACCUCCAUGUCAAACCAAGCAUCUAAACCUCUUUAUUUUGAUCAAUGUAGAUUAUUUAGGGAUAAAACAAUAUCAAGAAAGAAUAAAAAUACCUGCCUUAUAUUAAAUCUUGAGAUAGGACCCUUUUCAUAUUGGGGAGAUGCAAUCCUUGUAUCUGCUUAUCUUAUUAAUAGAAUGCCUCUUAAGACCCUUGAUUUUGAGUCCUUUGGCGGUUCUACAAGGGAAAAAUUCAUACGUUGUUCCACCCAAAAUAUUGCUGAGAGUAAUGAGAUAGUACACCAGACUAGUUGUCCUUAUACUAGUGCUCAAAAUGGCAUUGCUGAGGGAAAGAAUAGAAUGCCUCUCAAGGCCCUUGAUUUUGAGUCCUUUGGCGGUUCUACAAGGGAAGAAAUCAUACGUUAUUCCAUCAAAAGUAUUUGGGAUUGGAAGAAAACUCUUGCAGAUCCUAAAUGGAAAGAAGCAAUAAUUGAAGAGAAGAAAGCAUUGGCUAAAAAUGAGACCUAG